CGUUUUCAAAAGUGAAACCAUCGAGCUUUUAUUUUGGCGGAGAAACUGCCAAUCAAAUUAGGGCUUGUUUUGUUACAUUUCAUGUAGGUUUAGGACUUGCUAGAUUUUUGCUAAGUCAGAUCUUACAAAGCUUUGUCAACAAUGUUAUAAUGCUAUAAUGUUUCUAGAUUAUAUUUAGUGAUAGGGCCACCAUACACCAGUGUUAUUGUCAAGUUUGUUGUAGCAUAAAAGCUAAUGUUCCAAAACUAGCCUAUAUCAAAUAUGAACACUUACGAUAAUGCAACCUAAAUGCAACACGAACAACAUAUAGCAAGGGCAUACAGAGUGAGUUAGGUCUGCAUGUCUUUGUGUUUUGAAUGACACCGUUUUGAACGUGCACGGGUUUGUAGUUAUAUAUUAAAGUCGAACAGAAUGCGGGGAAAUGUAGUCAUUGGGUUUUCAGGGCAAAGCGCGGUAUAGAAUCUGUCCUUUAGGUGGCGACAAAUCUCAACAGCCACAUUGCAGGAACAUUCAUAACUAGGCUUCUUUCUCCUUAAAAUACCAUUUGAAAAUGCACUAUUUUAUCCACUGUGCAGGACAUAUUUGCUGCUAUCCUCUUUGCACAGUCUGGUGAAAGUCUGGCUGUUCUGUGAGACUUGCUACGAAGGAGAUAAGCAAACUAUUCAGGGACACAAAAGGGCCACAAAGACCUCACAUCAAGCUUUGCAGCUGGAAAGAAGACUUAAAAAUAGCAUUCAAAGAGAGCACUUCUAAGAAUAGACUGCAAAAUGACCAACUUCACAGAUGAAGAUCUGGACAACUAUUUACAAAAUCAGGUGGAUCUCAGGCACCGUCAGGUUUCAAAGUCCGUAGAAGAUGUGCAAAAAAUCAUAAAAGAUCUUACAGCUGAGGUCAGCUCAAAGGAUGCUCGUUUCCAGUCCAUUGCAAACUCUGGAGUUCAUAAUGCCAGCCUCAAAGUAAUAAUUCAUGACCAGCCAGCUUUAGUGUCAAAAUGGUCUGCAUUACUCCGAGGAAGAUGCGCGUACAACCCUGCCAUCCAAGUGCUCACUCCAACUCUGUUCCUGAUUUCGGUGCCCCUACAGGGUCUGAUGGGCUAUAAGGAGAGGCGUACGCGUCAGUGGCGUUACUACACACUGAGCGGGUCUCGUCUCCUCUCACCGGUCCGUGAGCCAGAGAAGCUCCACCAGUGGCUGGAGCUGGAGAGUUUUGUCAAUCCGAGUCAGGAGUGGCAUGAUGCCCACGUGAUCAUUGAGGGUGAUAUUGUGCCAGCAAAGGUGGUGAAUGUCUUCAGAGAGCAUCUGGAGGCAUCCAUAAAGACCUGCGGACUAACAAGUAAGGUGAGUAUGCUGGAAUCAGUUGGGUCAGUGGUGCGUGUUGCUGUGGAAACAUCAGAGGCACAAAUUGAGGUGGAAUUGGUUCCUACAGUGGAGCUAAUGAACUACUGGCCAAAGAGAGCUAGGUGGCCUCGGCUUUUUCGAAGAUGGCCCUCCACAGAGCGCGCUCGUUGUAUUAAGUCGUUUGGAUUCAAUCUAAUGGCCACAUCAAACUACCACUGGCUGCUGUCAUUCUCACGGGCAGAGCAGGUGCUGCUGAGCAAUAUAGAUGAGGACGGCGGCUGCCGCAGGAAGUGUUAUCGGGUGGUCAGACAGCUCAAGGAGGAUGUCUGGUGUCCUGGAAGCAAACCUGUCAUCACUGCCUACCACCUACAGACACUGCUUUUCUGGACAUGUGAGAAGUACCCCUGCACCAGGGACUGGAGAGACUUCAGAGGAUGUGUAUUACGGCUGGUGCAAAAGCUACAUAAGUGUGUUAGCCAGCAUUAUCUCCGGCAUUACUUUGUACGAUCCCACAACCUCCUGAAAUACAGCAAUACUAAUGAGCUUGAUGACGUGGCAAAGAAGAUCAAUAGUUUCCUGGACAACCCCGGAACAUACGUUCAUUAGAAGCUUCCUCUAUGGGUUAGAUGGCAUAGAUCUAUGUUAGCUCUGCUCUGUUCUGACUGCAUCAUAUUGAUGAGAUGAUCAUGGUAAUAGGCUGUGGUUGGCUAAGUAAGUAUGCGUGUAUUUCCUUCUUAUGUCUGUCUGAUUCAAAAAUUUUCACCAGAAUUAUGAUGUAAAAUUUUUUUUUUACAGUAG